AUGAACAGCAACCAGAGCCACCACGGCCCAUCUGGCGGCGCGCCAUACGACCGCGAUCGCGACAUGGACGAACGGCACCGUGCUAUCCAACACCACGAGGAGAUGGCGAGACGCGACCAGGAGCGUGAGAGAGAGCGCGAGCGGGACCGUGAAGCCGCCGACCGAUUCCAAUCCGCACACCAGAGCAGUGCCGGAUCGAUACCCAUACACCAGCCCGUGGCGUCGCGCGUCACCGGCGCGAUACACAGCCCGGGCGGCCUGCUGGCCAACCAUAACGGCAGCACGUCUGCCAUGUCCAUGGGCGGAGCCCCAGGCCCGAUGCAAAAUUACGGCGGCCCGCCGCCGCCGAAUGACCACGCGCGGCCGCUCCAGCACGGCGCGCAGAGCGUGAGCGGUCCGCAUCCCGGAUACGGACCUAUGCCUCACGGCCAACCCACACAGGGUGGCCCGCCACCUCCUCCCGGCAGCGGCUCCGUAUUUGGUGGCCCUCUGCAGCAGCAGCAGCCGCCACUACCCCCGCAAGACGCUCCGCGACCAGGCCAGCAGGGCGCACCUAUGAUUAAUGUACCGGCGGGUGGCCCUCAGAUGCCAGGUGGCAUAACCCAGGGCCAGCAACCGAUUCUGAACGAUGCUCUGACCUACUUGGACCAGGUUAAGGUCCAAUUCCAUGACCAGCCUGACGUUUACAACCGUUUUCUUGACAUCAUGAAGGACUUCAAAUCUCAGGCUAUUGAUACCCCAGGCGUUAUCAAUCGAGUGUCCGAACUUUUCGCUGGCCAUCCAAACCUUAUCCAAGGCUUCAACACAUUUUUACCCCCGGGAUAUAGAAUCGAGUGCGGCGCUGGUAACGAUCCUAAUACCAUUCGAGUCACCACGCCAAUGGGUACGACGGUCCAAAGCAUCGCUGGACGAGGUGGCCCUCCCGAUGGCCACGGGCCUAGCCAGUCCAUCUUCCCUGAGCGUGGCGGUCAGUGGGCUCAGCGCUCACCGGAAGCCAACUUCAGCGCCCCCGCCCAGAAUGGCGGUAGCCUCUUUGUGCAAGCAGCCGCCCAGAGCGGCGGAUAUGAGGCCACGGGACAUCGCGCCGGUUCCCAAGCACCUGGAUCCGUCGGCGCUAAUGUCGCAGCUGGGCGUAGCACGCCUGGCCUGGCUGGCGUCAAUGGUGCUGCUGCCGCCGCGGCGGCCCAAGCCGGUAUGGAGCGACGUGGCCCUGUUGAAUUUAACCACGCCAUCAGCUACGUCAACAAGAUCAAAAAUCGAUUCCAAGACAAGCCGGAAAUAUAUAAGCAGUUCCUAGAGAUUCUGCAAACGUACCAGCGGGAGCAGAAGCCUAUUCAGGACGUAUACGCGCAGGUCACCACGCUCUUCAAUGCUGCCCCCGACUUGCUGGAGGAUUUCAAGCAAUUCCUCCCAGAGACUGCAGGGCAAGCAAAGACGGCCAGCGGCCGAUCUGAAGAUUCCAUGGGAGCCAGCGCCGGGCAGCAGGCUGGUGCCAGAGACGGGCAAAAAAUGCCCCCUCUGGGCAGCUUUGCUCCUCCGGCCAGCGCCAGUAAAGAUAAGAAACGCGCGAGAAACGAAAAGUCAGCUGCUGGAGGAGUUCCUUUGCUUGCGGAGGUUACAUCGCAGCCUCGUCUACAAGCUGCCGUUGUCAAUGGUAAGCGGCCAAAGUUGAGUCAUGCCCGUGGCACUGCAGAAGGCUCGUCAAUCGAGCCUACCUUGACGCCGGUCAUGCCCGAGCCAUACCCUCCUCGAGCUUCCGGUACAUCAAAUAUGGAGGAGAUUGCAUUCUUCGAAAAGGUUAAGAAAUUUCUUAGCAACCGCUCGUCGAUGAACGAGUUCUUGAAACUUUGCAAUCUCUUCAGUCAGAACAUUAUCGACAGAAACACGCUCUUCCACAAAGGCUUAGUCUUCAUCAGUUCUAGCCCCGACCUGACGACAUUCUGGAAAUCGUUUGUGGGCGUUGAUACUCAGGAUGUAAUGAUCGACAACCGUCCUGCACCCCCUACCGAGAAGCUCUCUCUCAGCAACUGCCGAGGGUAUGGCCCCAGCUACAGACUUUUGCCGAAAAGAGAGCGUCUUAAGCCUUGCAGCGGCCGCGAUGAACUUUGCAAUUCCGUACUGAACGACCAGUGGGCCUCGCACCCAACCUGGGCCAGCGAAGACUCUGGAUUCGUUGCCCAUCGCAAGAACCAGUUUGAAGAAGGCCUCCAUCGCAUCGAGGAAGAGCGCCACGACUAUGAUUUCUACAUCGAGGCCAACCUCAAGUGUAUUCAGCUCCUGGAGCCUAUUGCUCAGCAGAUGCUGGUCAUGACGCCGUCUGAGCGAGAGUCUUUCCACAUGCCUGGCGCUCUUGCCGGUCAGAGCACCUCAAUCUUCAAGCGUAUAUGCAAGAAGAUUUAUGGUGAGCGCGGAAUUGAUGUCGUCAAUGACAUGUAUAGCCACCCGUUUGAUGUUGUUCCCGUAUUGCUGGCCAGAAUGAAGCAAAAAGACGAGGAGUGGCGCUUCUCACAGCGAGAGUGGGAGAAGGUGUGGCACGCACAGACCGAGCAUAUGCAUCUCAAGAGUCUCGACCAUAUGGGCAUUCUUGUCAAGUCAACCGAUAAGCGCAAUCUCACCGCCAAGCACCUGGUUGAUGUCAUCAAAACCAAGCACGAGGAGCAGCGCCGCGAGAGGGCACUCAAAGGCAAAGCUCCUCGUUAUCAAUUCGUCUGGGACUUUUCUGACAAGGAUGUCGUUAUGGAUCUCCUUCGGCUGAUGAUGCUUUACAGCAUGCACAAUGGCCAGCAUAGUACGCAAGAAAAGGAGCGAAUCUUGGAGUUUUUUGAAAUGUUCAUCCCCGCCUUCUUUGACCUUCCUGAAGAUGUCGUCCAGGAGCGUCUACCGCGGAUGCAGCCGGACUCUGGCGAGGAAGAGAUCGAAGAUAAUACGCCUGCUGAGUUGACAAAUGGCCGCAGCCGCAGGAACGGAAAGAAGGGCGAUCUGCUUAGAGGGGUUCUCGAUCCGGGCCGCAUCGGCAGCAAGCCCCGAAACCAUAAGGAGGAUAGCACGUCAGGAAGCAAGGAGACUACACCCGAUGUCAACUCGGCGAAUGACGAGGAAAUGGCCGACGUGCCUGAUGAAGCUCUUGCGCCUGACCUCUCCAACGAGCGAUGGAUGCCGAGUAUGCCAAAGCCUGUAGUGACUGGUUCUGACAGCGGUUUGUUGGACGGCGACGGCGAGCUGAAGGCCGAUGGGUUCUUUAGCCGACCUUGGUAUAACUUCUUUUGCAACCAGACGGCGUUUGUGUUCUUCAGCAUCUUUCAUCAAGUAUACGAGCGUCUGCAUGAUAUCAAGGGCAGCCCUGAGAGGGUUUCCAAGGAAAUUGGGCGUCUGAGCCGCCCCAAGCCUGCCAGAGACAUUGGCUUCACCGAGAACCAUAUGGCGUUUUUCGAUGCCAACGAAGACCCUGCUGCUUUCUGGCCCAAAACCAUGGAGCUCAUUGAGGAGUAUAUUACUGGUGACAUUGAUGAGAAUCGUUACCAGGAUGUCAUGAGACACUAUUAUCUGCGCAACGGCUGGAAACUCUACACUAUCCAAGAUCUUCUUAAGACGCUGUGCCGACUUGCUCUCACUUGCAGCAGCACCGACGUCAAGGAGAAGACCCCUGACCUCAUCCAGCAAUAUCUCAACAGCCGCGAGAAGGAGGAGACAAGCUACCAAACAGAGAUAAGUGCCCGGAAGUUUGCGGAAAAGUGUGUCAAGGACGGUGAUAUUUUUGUGAUUUGUUGGUUUCCUCAGAAAGCAGAGGCAACCGUCCGCUGGCUGCAGCGCGACGAGACUACCUUUUACAUGGACGAGCUAAAACUCCGUGAGAGGUGGCAAUACUACAUUUCAUCAUUUAUCCGCGUUGAGCCUACGGAGGGUGUUGCCCGCUCGCGACUGCAAAAGGUGGUGCUUACUAGGAACCUGCCAUCGGGCGAUGCCGAGUCUGACGGGGAGAGCAUCCCCAAGCCUCUUUCCUAUGACGAAGGCUUGUCAAUCUCUAUCUGUCUGACGAGCUCCAAGAUGAUUUGGGCGCCGGGCACCUCGGAGUACUUCAUCUACGACAACGGACCGAAAACCAAGGACCAGCGCGAGCGCCGCGACAAGUUUGCCGCGGCCCUGAGCACCCACCGCGAGAGCAAGCUCCUGGAGAAGUGGGUGCACAACCCGGCUUGGACCAAGGACAUGAGCCCCGAGGAAGUCCAGGAGCAGAACAAGAACUUUCGCAAGUGGAUGGACGACGGCAUCGCGCCCCCGUCGGCGGACGCAGACGCGGAGAUGCAUUAG